UUACAGUUGGUUGAAGUCAAGCAUGUCUCUCACAAUACUAAAUACUACCGCUUCGAGCUUCCCAAAGAUCAAACUGCUGGUAUUCCUGUUGCUUCCUGUGUUCUUGCUCGUUAUCAAGCCGAAGGUGAAGAACCUGUUGUUCGUCCUUACACGCCCAUCUCUUCUGCUGAUACUGUAGGUUUCCUCGAAUUUGUCAUCAAAAAAUAUGACACUGGCAAGUUAACACCUAUCCUCGACAGCAUGAAACCCGGAGACACACUCGAAUUCAAGGGUCCUCUUCCCAAGUAUAACUGGGAAAAGGAUCAAAAGACCAAUGUAGGUUUGAUCGCUGGUGGUUCUGGUAUCACCCCCAUGGUCCAAAUCAUCCGUAGAGUACUCGAUGAAAAACCCACGGAUAAGAAGACAAAGAUCACCUUGAUCUUUGCCAACGUCAACGAAAACGAUAUCUUGUUGAAGGACGAACUCGACCAGAUUGCCAAGGAACAUCCUGAUAAGGUCAAGAUUAUCUACGCUCUUGACAAUCCUCCCGAAGGCUGGGCCGGUCUCAAGGGUUAUGUUACUGCUGAUGCUAUCAAGAAGUACAUGCCUAACCCUGAAGACAAAGAUAGUAUCAUCAUGGUCUGUGGUCCACCUCCUAUGGUUGCCUCUCUUGCUGGACCCAAGAAGGGUAUGAAGCAAGGUGAACUUGGUGGUAUUUUGAAAGAAUUGGGUUACGCUCAAGAGAAUGUCUUCAAGUUUUAA